CGGACGUUUAAUCGUGCAGGACCAGUCGCUCUGUGAGGAGAAGAAGCACUUGCCCUUAAACUUGCUGUGGAUCUGACCUCACUUCGCAUCAUAACCGCUGUCCAGUCAUAAGGAUAUCACAUCGGCACAAUGUCUCUCGCGGCAGAGGCCUUCGUGUCGCAGAUGGCGGCUGCUGAGCCUUGGCCUGAAAAUGCAACCUUGUACCAGCCCUUGAGGGAGGAUCAAAUUCUACUGUCAGACUGUGCCUCAUCUCUCGCUGUCCAGGCCUACCUCAGGAUGUGUGGUUUACCAGUGCAGGUGGUUUGCCGAGCAAAUGCUGAAUACAUGUCACCCUCUGGUAAAAUCCCCUUUAUCCAUGUAGGGAACCAGGUGGUGUCUGAACUUGGGCCAAUCGUGCAGUUCACCAAAGCAAAGGGUCAUUCUCUGAGCGAUGGUUUGGACGACGUUCAAAGAGCUGAAAUGAAAGCAUACAUGGAAUUGGUCAACAACAUGCUGCUUACUGCUGAGCUGUUCAUUCAGUGGUGUGAUGAUGCCACAGCUAAUGAGAUUUCCCGCCCUCGAUACAGCAGUCCUUACUCGUGGCCUCUGAAUACCAUCCUCGCCUAUCAGAAGCAGUUGGAGGUUCGCAGGAAGAUGAACGCCAUUGGCUGGGGAAAGAAAACCCUGGAGCAGGUUUAUGAAGAUGUGAGUCAAUGCUGUCAGGCUCUCUCUCAAAGGCUGGGAACACAACCAUACUUCUUUAAUAAACAGCCCACAGAGCUGGAUGCGUUGGUGUUUGGUCACCUUUUCACUAUACUGACAACCAGACUGACCAGCACUGAGCUGGCAGAGAGGAUCAAGAGCAACAGCAACCUGCUGUCGUUCUGCAGACGUAUUGAACAGUCCUACUUUGAGGGCAAGAGCUCUUGAAGGACUGAGAAUAUCCCUUUCUGUCUGUGUAUUAUUUCAUCUUGUACAUUCUUGUUUGUCAUUCCCUCUCUGUUGCACCGAGAAGAUUAAAAGUAAUUGUAUUCACACACUGUGAACAUCUCCCUCGUCUUCCCAUUUUUCUCCCUGCUUGUACGCUGUCGCCUGCUGCUGACCAGAGUUCAAAUGAUCAGUCCCCUAAAGGACUAAGAUGUGACAAUUGCACAUAAAUGAUUCAUGAAGUGAUGACUUAACUCUCCAGUACAGGUACCUUAGUAUCUUAAAGUCAUGGUCAAGAUUCUUAGUAGUAUGAGCAACACAUAUUGUAUUACCAAAUAAUAAUUUCUCCACAAUAAUGACAUUAUGUGUCACAUCUGCAUGUCAGGUUUGAGACUUUUGAGACACAAUAUGGAUGCUCGUACUGAAUUUCCAGAUGUUGGAGCUCCCAAAUCUUACAGGGAGUUUGUGCCAGGCUCAGGGUGAAAGCCUCUCGACACACAGGCUUAGACUUAUUUAUUCACAAUUUGCAUUGUAAAUUGUGUUGCUGUGCAAUGUGGUUGCUCUCAGAAGGUGGUGCUCCAUUUAAACUCUGUCUGUUUUCACCAGAUAUUUGUAAGGGAUGUUGGCAUGGAUUAAACAUCCAGAUGUUUCUUUUCCCUUGUACAAAUAACAAACACAUUAUGUGAAGAUAAUGAUGGUGAGGAUGUGAUUCAAGUUUUUUGACUGUUUUUGACUCCAAAAUAAAUGUCACUCAAC